UUUUGAGAGGUGAUAAAAUUAAUGCCAGUGACACACAACUUUAUCUGAAAAAUGUAGGUAUUGAGUUAACAAAUAAAGAAAGCCAGGAUCUACUGAACAUACUGCCAUUGGAUGAUAACAAUAAGGUGUAUAAAAAAAGGUUGAUGGAUGGAGUGAAGACAUACAGAGGAGGAAAGGUUAAUGUCAAUAAAAUAGAUGAUGCUCUUGAAAAUAUGGAAUUCCCACUUGAAGAGGAAGAAAUUGAGAAAUUGUGCAAUCACCUGCCAGUUGAUGAUGAGAGGAGGGUUAAACUGGAUAAACUUCUGGAUGAAGUACAUGAACUUCUAGGGGAAGAAAUUCACUAUGAAGACCUGGAAAAUAUUCUGAAAAACAUUGGGUUAAGACUCAGACUGAGGGAGAACUCUGUGUUGAUGAAAAGUUUGCCACUUGAUGCUGCUGGAAAGUUGUAUAAGCAUAAGUUGCUGGGUGGCAUAAGGUCUCUCAAAGGAGUGGAGCUUAAUGUUAAUCAGUUAGGACUCUUCAUGAAAAAUAUGGGCUUUGACCUGGAAGAAGAGGAGUACUUGGACCUGCUCAGCAACCUGCCUGCUGAUGAUGAGGGGAAGAUUGAAGUGAAUGUGGUAAUGGAUGAAGGAAAUAUUUUUACAGGUGAGAAGGUCGAUACUAGUAACCUGGAAAUUUUACUGGAAAAUAUGGGGAUAACACUCACAGAAGAUGAAGGCCUGAAACUACAGAACAAGCUUCCAGUUGAUGCCAAAGGAAGGGUGUACAUGAACAGAUUGAUGAAAGAGUUACAGUCUCUCAAAGGGGUGAAGGUGUCUCUAAAUAAGGUGGACACUUUCCUGAAAAACAUGGGAAUUGAUCUCAAGAAGAAAAAAAUCCAGGAACUGAAGGACCUCCUACCAACUGAUGGUAAUGGGAAUAUUGAUGUAAAUGUACUGAUGGAUGAAGUUAAAAAUAUUACAGGAGAGAAGAUUCCUACUGAGGACCUGAAAAAUAUUCUGAAAAACAUGGGAAUAGAGAUCACAAAUAAGGAAUAUAAAAAGUUUCUGAAAACCCUGCCAGUUUCUGCUGAUAAAAAGGUGUUUGAGAAAGAAUUACUAGAGGGUGUGAAGUCCUUCAAAGGAGGAAGAGUCAAUGUUGGUAACAUAAAAAAUGUUCUACAAAGUAUUGGGUUCAGACAUGAAGAAAAAGAAAUCCAGGACCUGCAAACCCACCUACCAGUUAUUGAAGAUGAAAAGGUGGAGUUGGCUGUGUUGAUGGAAGCAGCCAGUGCCUUUACAGGAGAAAAGGCAGAAGCCAAUGACUUAAAAAAUGUACUGGGAAACAUGGGAAUUGAGAUCACUGAAACAGAGCAGUUGAUGCUGUCAAAAACUUUGCCAGUCUCUGGAGAUGGAAAGGUGUACAAGAAAAGAUCACUGAAUAGUGUGAAACUUCUCAAAGGAAAGAAAGUCAGUAUCAGUAACCUGGACCCCCUUAUAAAGAACAUGGGAAUCCAGCUUGAGAAAGAGGACCAUCAGGACUUACUGAAACACCUGCCGACUGAUAAGAAUAAAAUGGUUGAUUUGAAUGUGGUGAUGGACGACGCAAAAGCUUUUAUAGGAGAGAAGGUUAAUGUGAGUAAUCUGAACAAUGUGCUGAGGCAAAUGGGACUAGUACUGACUGAUGAGGAGAAUAAGGAGCUGUUGAAAACUCUGCCCAUUCAUGCUGAUGGAAGAGUAUAUAAGAAGAGAUUGCUAAAAGGUGUGAAAGCACUCAAUGGACCAAGGGUCAAACUCAAAAAAGUGAAAUCCCUUGUGGAAAACAUGGGAAUUAGACUCAAUGAUGAGGAACUUGAGGAAAUAAUGACUGAUGUGUCAACUGAUGAUGAUAGAACCGUUGGUCUGAAUGAUUUGAUGAAUGCUGUCACUUGCAUAAAGGUGAAUGAGGAAAAAUUACUUCUGUGUUGAGAUGAAUAAAAUUCUUGGAAUGCAUAGUGAUCACAGAAGCAAGCUACAAGCAAAUAUUUUCAAAUGAAAAUAAAAUUUUUAAGACUGGUCUAUAGAAACACACUGA